CUCCUCUCUUCUCUCUCUUGGAACAAGCUUUGGAGUUUCUCUCUCUAAAAUAAAUAUUACUACUGUACUAGUAGAAGAAGAUUGUGUCUUUGUAUUCUUUCGGGCGUGUGAAACUCUUUGGAGAAGCAAAGUCUUCUCUUUCACACCUUUUGUCUGAGAUUGAAGAAUCUAGGGUUUGACAGCGGACGAGUCCAACAAAGGUCUGUUCUUUGUUGUUGUUUCUUGUUCUCAUAAUGAUCUCUUUUUCUUCUUUUUUUUAUUCAAUGGAAUUUCUAUUUAAACGUUAAUCUGUGCCCAGUUAGUCUUCUUUGAUAUAUUUUCACAUACCAGAUAGUCGAAUCUGAUUAUAAAAAAGGUUUUGUUCUUUGAUUUGUCGAAAUUCUUGAAAUCUCAACCAAGAAGCCCUAUUUGGAAUUUAGUUUUAUCAAAAUGGGUUAUUUCACUACUUGGGUUUUUAAUUUAUCAGUUUAUGGAUGAUUGAAGAUCUAUCAAAUUAGUGGAUUUUAGAGAUUUUGAAGUCCUCAUGGUGUGGUUUGAUCUAGGUGUCUUGGUUCCUGGGCGUUAGUUUUUUUAGUUCCUCUCUUUAGUUGGAUUGAGGGAGGUUUAGAUGGAGGAGGUUGAAGAAGCUAAUAAAGCAGCAGUAGAGUGUAGCCAUAGAGUUCUUAGUCUGUUAUCUCAGCCCCAAGAUCAGAUUCAGUAUGGGAAUUUAAUGGUACAAACUAGGGAGGCUGUAUCUAGGUUUAAGAGAGUUGUUUCUCUUCUACAUACUGGUUUGGGUCAUGCAAGAGUGAAAAAGCUCAAGGAUAUUCAAACCCCUUUUCCCCAAGACAUCCUGUUGGACAAUUCAGUGUGUAGGGUAGAUCAUCAACCCAAGCCUCUUCGGCCUACUCGGACCGAUUUUCUUGAAAACCCAAUUAAAGAAAUGGGUUCAGAUGUUAAAAUUUCUCUUAGUUUGGGAAAUUCAUCAAUGCAAGUGUGUUCGAAUGGGGAAAACCCUCUUCAACAUGCCCCAAAAACAUCACACACGGAUUACCAUCACUUCCUCCAGCAGCAGCAGCAGCAGCAGCAGCAGAGGGUUCAACUUCAUCAGCAACAGAUGAAACAGCAAAUGGAAAUGAUUUACCAUCGGAGCAAUAGCGGCAUUAAUCUGAAUUUUGAUAGCUCUACCUGCACGCCCACCAUGUCAUCCACUAGGUCUUUUAUCUCUUCGUUGAGUAUUGAUGGGAGUGUAGCUAAUUUGGAUGGAAAUGCCUUCCAUUUAAUUGGGGCUGCUCGCUCUUCAGAUCAGAAUUCGCAUCAGCAUAAGCGAAAGUGUUCUGGGAGGGGAGAUGAUGGGAGCGUGAAAUGCGGAAGCAGUGGUAGAUGUCAUUGCUCAAAAAAGAGGAAACAUAGGGUUAAGAGAUCAAUCAAGGUACCUGCUAUAAGUAACAAGCUUGCAGAUAUUCCUCCUGAUGAGUAUUCAUGGAGAAAGUACGGCCAGAAGCCAAUCAAGGGUUCUCCUCACCCCAGGGGAUACUAUAAGUGUAGCAGUAUGAGAGGUUGCCCUGCAAGGAAACAUGUGGAGAGGUGCUUGGAAGAUCCCGCAAUGCUUAUAGUGACUUAUGAAGGGGAGCAUAAUCACCCUAGGUUACCAUCGCAAUCGGCCAACACAUGAAACCUCAUGGUAUACUUCACCAAUAUCUCUUCAAGCCCCUCGUGUUCGUUCCACAGAAACUUUGUUUUCGGUUGGCUUGAAAUGAUCCAGUGUAUAGUUUGCAUGGUUUAAGCUCAAGGCUUAUAUGGAGCAAACUUUCUGGCUUUUGAAUUUUCACUUUCUGGGCCUCAAGAGUUGAAGAUAGUGAGCUGGCAGACAUAAGCCAGGAGGAGGACUGCUGCACAGAACUCUGUGGAAUUGGGAUAUUUGAUGUAAGAACAAUCCGCCAUCGUAACUGGCCGAUAUUUUAGUUAACAGAUAAAGGGAUUUUGCAUGAAAGCAUUACCUUUUUUGUGGCAUUAUUUGUUUCAAUUAACUUAGAUUUACUGUGU